AUGUACACAUUGCUACUGAUACGAAUUGAGCGCCCGUUGCAGUGCCUUUGCUUCCAUUUGGUCGCGGCGCCGCGGCGUGCAGACUGGGGAUACGCGGCUCGUUUUAUUGCGGACAAGAGUGUUUCAAGGCUGGAUGUGCGCCGUUUCUUUGUCUCGACGUUCCUGGCAACAACAUCUGAUGCCUCCAAUAUCGCACAACGCACAGGGAAAACACACAAAAUUAUCCAUGACCUCGCAAAGUCCGGUAGUGCCACCAAUCAAGAUGGUACCUAUAAUCCGUUUGCCGACUACGCCUUCACUGGGACUGUGCGCCCUGUCUAUCCUCUAUCGCCAACUCGCAAAGUGCCGGACCACAUACCUCGACCUGACUACGCCGAAGAUGGGAAACCGCGAUCUGAGAUGCAGCGCGCCGGCCAACCUCCUCGUAUCUUGAGCCCUGAGGAGCAAGAAAAGAUGCGCACGGUCUGCCGCCUGGCACGCGAGGUUCUCGACAUCGCUGCAGCCAGUGUCCGGCCAGGCAUUUCAACGGACGAGAUCGACGAGAUCGUCCACAACGCCAUCAUCGAGCGAAACGCGUAUCCCUCCCCACUCAACUACCGGAACUUCCCUAAAUCCGUCUGCACGUCUGUCAACGAGGUUAUUUGCCAUGGUAUCCCCGAUCAGCGGAGGCUGAGAGAGGGAGACAUCGUCAACAUUGAUGUGUCGUUAUACUACGAAGGCUAUCAUGCAGAUCUCAACGAGACAUACCCAGUUGGAGAAAUUGAUGAAGAUUCGAAGAGUCUCAUCCGCACGACGCGUGGGGCUCUAGAUGCAGCGAUCGCUAUGUGCAAGCCCGGGGCAUUAUUCCGAGACAUAGGCAAAGUGAUUGAGCCACUUGCACGAGCAGGCGGCUGUGCGGUCGUUCGCACAUACACUGGACACGGAAUCAAUGACCUCUUCCAUUGCUCGCCGACGAAUAUCCCCCACUAUGCCAAGAACAAGGCCGUCGGUACCAUGAAGGCCGGAAUGACAUUCAGCAUCGAGCCGAUGUUGAACUUGGGCACCAACUGGGGCGAUGUUCAUUGGCCGGACAACUGGACGGCAACCACGACAGAUGGGAAUAGAAGCGCCCAAUUCGAGGAUACAAUAUUAAUUACCGAGAAUGGAGCGGAAAUCCUCACAAAGGGCACUCGUGCAGUUUUAUGA